GGCGGGCUCUGAUAGAAUUCUAGACAAAAUGGCGGAUGUUGUUGAUUUGCGGCAGGGUCAUUGAUAAUCGGAGUUCACCUUUUCACUGAUUUACUGCAAGACAUUAUACAGAAAUAAUAUACGACAAGUCAUAAUCGUUGAAUGGUGAGCUGCAAUGAAAGGCAAAGAAAGGUCACCGAUUAAAAAGCGUUCUCGGGCUUUGGAUGAUAUCCGAGACAGGGGAGGAGGCCACCCGCCCAGCAAGAAAAUGAGGGCUAUCUCGGUUUCCAGUGGGAGUAAUAAUGGAAAUAGCUCGACUAAAAGUGACGGAGGAUCUACGAGAAGGAGUUUGUUGGGUGACAAGAGAGGCCGGGAUUUUGAUGGACAUGUAUCGAGUCGAACCGGUGGGAGUAACCAUAGCUAUCCCGUUGCUGCUGCAACCUCUACCGGUAAGAACCACAACCUGGGCUUGACACUCGAUUUAGCCGCGGCAAGGACUAAUGCUCGCGGCGAGCGUGUUCCGCCUCCACCUAACAACAACGAGAGUGAGUACAAAACUCUCAAAAUCAGUGAACUGGGCACCCAGUUGAGCGAUGAAGACAUAGAAGAUGGACUUUUCCACGAAUUCAAAAAAUUCGGGGACGUGAGUGUCAAAAUAAGCCGCAGCAACGACGAGAGAAUUGCGUUUGUCAACUUCAGAAAGCCCGAGGAUGCCAGAGCUGCUAAACACGCACGGGGCAGGUUAGUACUUUAUGACCGACCUCUGAAAAUCGAUGCAGUGUACAUUAACAGGAGGAGAAGCCGUUCUCCAGUUGAGCGAGUUGACAGGGACCCAUAUGUUGGAGCCCUAGGCCACAGACACUUACACACCCAGAGACCCCUCUCCCCAUCUGUGCUUGGAUACAGAGACUACAGACUACAGCAGCUGGCCCUUGGGCGCCUCCCUCCUCCCCCACCCCCUCCUUUGCCCAGAGACCUAGAGCGGGAGAGGGAGUUUGCCCUGUUUGAAGCCAGGGUGCGCCCAGGUCCAGCUUUCAUUGCAGAGAGAGCUUCUGCUUUCCGCGAUGAGGAUUUUAUCUCCCCAGAGGAUGACCAAAGAGCUAACAGAACGCUGUUUCUGGGCAACUUGGACAUCACUGUCACAGAGACAGACCUGAGACGGGCCUUCGACAGGUUUGGGUUGAUAACAGAGGUGGAUAUUAAGCCCACACGUGGACAGACCAGCACAUACGGGUUCCUCAAGUUUGAGAAUCUCGACAUGGCCCACCGCGCCAAACUCACCAUGUCUGGGAAGAUAGUGGGCCGUAACCCCAUAAAGAUUGGCUAUGGUAAGGCCACCCCUACCACACGCCUAUGGGUGGGUGGGCUCGGACCCUGGGUCCCCCUAGCAGCAUUGGCCAGAGAGUUUGACCGCUUUGGUACAAUAAGGACCAUUGACUACAGAAAGGGGGACACCUGGGCUUAUAUACAGUACGAGAGCCUUGACGCUGCUCAGGCUGCGUGCACGCACAUGCGUGGCUUCCCUCUGGGUGGGCCUGAGAGGAGACUUAGGGUGGACUUUGCAGACACAGAGCACCACUACCAGCAGCAGUUCCUUCAGCCUCUUCCUCUACCCUCCUUCGACAUGGUGGCAGAGGCUUUCAUCCACCGCGCCAUAGCUGAGCCCCUGAGGGACAGGGAAAGGACUCCACCGCUGCUCCACUUCAGAGAGAGAGAACUGGGUUUCCCCGGGGCCGAGUGGCCCCCCAUCCCGGCUAUGCGUGAGCGUGUACGUCCCGGGACCUUUGAGCCGCUGGAGCGGGACCGGCGGCCGGGAGGGAGGGAGCCCUGGUCUCUGGAGCGAGAGCUGGCGGGGCGCGGCUGCGACCCAAGACGGAAACGACACCUUAUGGAUGACGGUCGCCAUCUUGACGUCUCUCCUGACAGCACUGACCGCACGGCACGCCGACACCGAGGGGGUCCAACCCCAGAUGGUAGCCCCAACGGGGGCCGCUUCAGUGACUCAGAGCGUACCCCUCGUGGCGGCGACGACAGACCCUCCCCUGGACGAGACCGUCGCCUCAGUCUGGAGCAUCCUGGCGGGGGAGACAGGAGACUAAAGAGCCUGGGGAGUCUUGCCGAAAGAGGGGCCUCCAGCAGUGGCCUCUCAUCCUCAGCAGGGGAACGGAAACGUAAAGCCGGUGACAGCAGCAGCAAAGGACCCGGAGCUAAGAGGGAUCGCUCCUCAGACCAGGGCGGCUCUAAAGGCAGUCAGUCAUCCAAGCUGAGCCUGGCCUGGCACGGCAUGCUCCUCCUGAAGAACAGCAACUUCCCCGCCAACAUGCACCUCCUGGAGGGUCACCAGGGCGUGGCCAAGGACCUCCUCGUCGACGGCCCCACGGGGAGACAGGUUGGGGAGCUCAAGAUCACCCAGCGUCUCCGCCUCGACCAGCCCAAGCUGGACGAGGUCUCCAGACGGAUUAAAGCGGCCGGCCCCGGCGGCUACGCCGUCCUCCUGGCGGUUCCCGGUUCCGGCGGCGAGGAGGUGUCGUCGACGGACCCUGCAGCUUCCACCCAGCGUCCUCUCCGAAAUCUGGUGUCCUACCUGAAACAGAAGCAGGCAGCCGGAGUCAUCAGCCUGCCCGUUGGAGGCAGCCGGGAUAAGGACCACCAGGGUGUUCUCCAUGCGUUCCCUCCCUGUGAGUUCUCACAGCAGUUCAUUGAUGCCUCGGCUAAAGCUCUGGCCAAAACCGACGAGGACUAUCUGGUGAUGGUCGUGGUGCGAGGUCCAUCAUAACCACAAUCAGAUAGAGGAAGGAAAACAUCAAUGAUAUUGUAAAAAAAAAGGAAAAAAAACUACUAUUGCAUGCUGUGUGUUGCGUUCUGCCUCAUGGGGUGCUACUAGAGAGUAGGGUUAUGGGGAGGAUAGGCUAUGUCACUAUUUUUCCCCACCAAAAUAAGUAUAAAAUGUCCCCCUGAAAGUCAACAAAUGUGUAAUUUUGGAACCCUGUUUUAUAAAGGGUGUGAUCAUUUCUAGCCAGUAUAUGCAGAAACAAUUCUGCUGGAAUAUUAUAAAAGGGGGGACAUUCUAUGAAUAAAAUGAAAAAUCUACUGUAAUUUAAAAUUAGGUAUAAUGGCCCUUUUUUUUUUGUUUUCAUUUAGGAAAACUUGAACCAACCGCUGUUUGUAAAAGUUGAAACUUCUCUCUUAAGAUUUGCUCUGCUGUUAGUGUUUGGUUGUAUUAUGUAAUAUUGUUAUACUACUUUAUGCUUAUUACAAUCAGUUGGCGUCAUUUAAAGUUCAUUAUAUAUUUUUAGCAAAAUAGUCACCUCAAAACCCUUUGUUAAAUAACCAUUUCUUUAUUCUAAAUGUCACAUUUUGAGAGAGAUACCAUCAGGCCCUGUUUUGACUGGUAUGGUGAGGCUAUAAAUCAUUCCGUUUGGAUUUCUCAUAAAAAAAAAAAUAAUGAUUGGGGACAUUAAUGUUGGGAUAUGUCCUUACUGGCUUUUCUCUAAUACAUGAACAUGUUCUAAACCUAGAAAUCUGAAUGUACCUAUAUGCACGGUAGGCUAUCUGGUGUUCGGUUACACCUGGUGUUUUACCCUGUGUAAACUGGUUCGGUUACACCUGGUGUUUUACCCUGUGUAAACUGGUUCGGUUACACCUGGUGUUUUACCCUGUGUAAACUGGUUCGGUUACACCUGGUGUUUUACCCUGUGUCACUGGUUCGGUUACACCUGGUGUUUUACCCUGUGUAAACUGGUUCGGUUACACCUGGUGUUUUACACUGUGUAAACUGGUUCGGUUACACCUGGUGUUUUACCCUGUGUAAACUGGUUCGGUUACACCUGGUGUUUUACCCUGUGUAAACUGGUUCGGUUACACCUGGUGUUUUACCCUGUGUCACUGGUUCGGUUACACCUGGUGUUUUACCCUGUGUAAACUGGUUCGGUUACACCUGGUGUUUUACCCUGUGUAAACUGGUUCGGUUACACCUGGUGUUUUACCCUGUGUAAACUGGUUCGGUUACACCUGGUGUUUUACCCUGUGUCACUGGUUCGGUUACACCUGGUGUUUUACCCUGUGUAAACUGGUUCGGUUACACCUGGUGUUUUACCCUGUGUAAACUGGUUCGGUUACACCUGGUGUUUUACCCUGUGUAAACUGGUUCGGUUACACCUGGUGUUUUACCCUGUGUAAACUGGUUCGGUUACACCUGGUGUUUUACCCUGUGUAAACUGGUUCGGUUACACCUGGUGUUUUACCCUGUGUAAACUGGUUCGGUUACACCUGGUGUUUUACCCUGUGUAAACUGGUUCGGUUACACCUGGUGUUUUACCCUGUGUAAACUAGUUCGGUUACACCUGGUGUUUUACCCUGUGUAACUGGUUCGGUUACACCUGGUGUUUUACCCUGUGUAACUGGUUCGAUUACACCUGGUGUUUCACCCUGUGUAACUGGUUCGGUUACACCUGGUGUUUUACCCUGUGUAAUUGGUUCGGUUACACCUGGUGUUUUACCCUGUGUCACUGGUUCGGUUACACCUGGUGUUUUAGCCUGUGUAACUGGUUUGGUUACACCUGGUGUUUUACCCUGUGUAAACUGGUUCGGUUACACCUGGUGUUUUACCCUGUGCAAACUGGUUCGGUUACACCUGGUGUUUCACCCUGUGUAACUGGUUUGGUUACACCUGGUGUUUCACCCUGUGUAAUUGGUUUGGUUACACCUGGUGUUUUAUCCUGUGUCACUGGUUUGGUUACACCUGGUGUAAUUGGUUUGGUUACACCUGGUGUUUUACCCUGUGUAAUUGGUUCGGUUACUCCUGAAAAUCCUGUGUGUUCAUGGAAUGGUUAACGGAACACUACAAAGUGGAUUGUGACAACAAUGUGUAACGGAGGUUGAAACACCUAUACAUGGGUUUUAGUUGCUGAGUGUAAAUUCUUAACUUGGCUGUGGUGUAGCUUAAAUACAGUGUGUUCAAUCGGUUUUCAGAUGUGUUUUAAUGUUUAAGCGACUCUCCAGUAAUAUUUGGGCAUAUUGAGAGGCUGAAUGAGGAAUUUAGAAGUGAUUUUUUUUUUGCCCAGCUAAUAUAGAUGGGUCCAUCAAUGCAAUGACGCGACAAACAUAUAGUCUACUAAGAGAGAUGCUAAGGGUAGAUUUUAUUGUGUACAUUGUCUUUAGCACCACUUGACUCUUGGUAGUACGUUGUAACCUAUAACCUUUGACCUAUAAUGUGUGAUAAGAUUACGCUAGAGAAAAAAACAGACUUUUAUUUGUUGGUCCGGUUUCAUUCAAUCAACAUGCUUUGUCGCCAAGUUUGUCUAAAUAUGACAAUAUCUUAAUGCUAUUUGCUAACAAAUGAUAUACAGUAAACCUAAUAAUCAAUCAGUAAAAGGGGUAUUCAAUAUAUAAACUGAUAAUUUAGUUUUUUUUUUGGGGGGGGGGGAUUGUACGUUUUUAUAAGUUGUAGUGCUAUUAUGUCCCCUUUGUCAGCCAACAGUUAUAUUUUUAAGACCUAUAUUUAUAGCCUACUGUUGGUACCAGUAUAUGACUGUUUCUUAAAAGAAGGUUUUAAGAUGAGGUUGGUUUAGUUUUAUCUGUUGACAAAAUUGUCUGAGAAAAAAAAAAGGAUGUAUUUGUCUCCCAAGUUCACUGCCUCAAAUGUGGACUUUUCUUUUUUUUUUAUGGCUUUAAAACCUUUACAGGAAACUCUGAAGAGAAGGAAACUACUUAGUGUUUGUAACAUUUUCACUGAGAAGGCAGCUUUUAAGUUGUGGUGUCAUUUUGUGUUGUUUAAAGUGGAAUAAUUAGGACCCUCUCGCUUUGUGCUUGCCUACCUGAUUUCAUUGGGAAGACAAGAAAUGGAAAAUCCUCUCCCCACACUCGUCUUACUGCCAAGUUGUUUAAACACUCAAAGAGAAAGUGCAUUUACGCACUUAUUAGUCCUCUAAAUAUCAAUAAAUUGUUUCAUUUGAGGGAAA